CCUUUGCCUCCUCUCUCCUAAUGCCGGCGACACCUUCCCUCUCACUAGCAGAAGACAUCGCCCGAGUCUCUGAUCUUCACUUCUGCUGCUUCCGUAGAACCUCCCGCUGCGUUCUUCGUCAGUCUUCCUUUCGUUCUCGGCGGAAUCUCUCUCGGUGCGUGGGUGAGAUUCUCCAGCCGUUUCUAUCGUUCAAGGCUCAAUCCUUCAGAUGGCUUUGAGAGGGGUUUGGCAACUGCAGAAGCUGAUUGUGAGCUAUUGUGAUUGGGGUGGAAGUAGCAGAGGAAUAAGGGCAUUUAUGGAGUCUCAGUUGCCAGUUUUUAAGGAGAGGAAUCCUCAACUAGAGGUGGUUACAGAACUUAUUCGUGGUCAGCAUCCCCAUCUGAAGGGCUUCUACAAGAACAAAAACCAGAGGGUGGUAUGUGUGAAGAAUAUGGAUCCAGAUGACAUACUUCUCCAUGCGACCAGGCUUAGGAAUGCGUUAGGAAGAAAAGUUAUAAAACUGAGGACUAGACAUGUGACCAAGCAUCCCAGUGUGCAAGGUACAUGGACAACUGAUGUGAAAUUUUAAGUUGCUCAGAUCUGUGGUACGAGGAAUCCUUCUUGCUGCGAAAGUUUAAGUUGCUCAGCUUUUUAACUUGCCCCAAUCACUGAGAACUUAUCAAAUAUUUGUUAUAAGGUACAAGUUCUUGAAUAGACCUUAGAAAUUUUAAUUUUUGCUUCUGAUUGCUCAUCUCCCGUUCUCCACUCUUAUAUUGCGCAGUGAAUUGAGCUUUAACUGCAUCGCAGAUCAGGGUUCGUAAGACGUAUCAUACUUAAUGUAUUUCCACUAGUCUUCAGUUUUAUA